AUGGAGCCUACUACCAGACAAGAGAAGCAAGGCCUGAUGGCCACAUCAGAGCUCCAAGACUCGGAUGAAGCUCGAAACAGAUCCUUGAUGCCAAGCCCUCAAUCGUUGAGGCAAUCAACGCCCUCUUUAAUGAUGAGACUCGCAGCGCCAGUAACUCUCCUUCUCAUUCCCAUCCUUUACAGCAUCUUGAUCUCAAUGGUUGCCUACCUCCACAACAAGGAACAAAGCUCGUUUGGCGAUACAGUAAUUGAAGUCCUUCGAAUCGCGUCUACAUUGUGGCCUAUUACGUUCGCCGCUGUUUUGGGUCCCUUCCUCAAAACUAUUGCACUGCUAAAAGCAGAGAGAGGCACAACGUUGGCUUCCCUAGAAUUUCUACUUACUAGUCAGACAACAGCUACAGCAUUGUUGAAACUUCUAACCCUUAGAAGAAUGAAGGAAGUGAGCGCUCUUGUAAUUGCUGGAGUCUGGCUUUUGGGGCCCCUGGGAGGUCAAGCAGCCCUUCGGUCUAUUCACGUACAGCAGAAACUUGAAACCACACAGACACGGGCUUUCCACUACCUUGGCAGCAAUGAGAGCGAAAUUAUUCCGUAUUAUCGUCGUGGAGCUGAUGUGCAUACCGGAGCGUCAGGAAGAGCAUCUCUUAUUGCUGGAAUGCGGAGUAUUAUCUCUGCGUCAUUCUCUAAUCCCGAUGUUCUCAUUUCGCACGCUAAUGGAAGUAGUCCCAGCUUUGACAAUACCAUUGAUGAAUUUGGGGUGCCUUUCCUUGAGCUUCUCCCUGGAUAUGACAGUAACAACCCUACAUUUUGGGUUCUAGUCCCCUUGGACCAAGUUGUGCCUUAUGCGUCGCUGAUAGGACUUCCAAUCCGGGUGGAAUCAUUCAAUCGAGCUGGGAAUUUGACCAUGAUGGUCCAAUAUCAUUAUCAAACACUUGGUUGUGGUGAUGACUUUGACGGUACCAGCUGGGUAAGAAAUGAUUCUACGUCCCUCUAUUUUCACAACACAACGUCACCCGAUCCACUGAGAAGUCAAACCUUUGAAGGACAAAAGGCCACUAGCUAUCCUAAUAUCUGGUUUGAUAUUGCCAAUACCUCCACGGCACGUGAACAAUUAGAUUUCGCGAGACGUGGUCAACAGGGGGCCCAUUCGAAUCUUCAGCUUAUAAUGGGAGGCGGAUGCCAAUUCGAAGAUAACAGGCGCUGGCUCGAGAACGUGAGACUGAGGCUAUGCGGUGUUUAUACGUCGCAUAUCGAGAUGGAAGUACAAUGCACGAGAGCAGAUUCUGACGCCGACCUUGGAAACUUGACGGCAUUAUCAUCGCGUUUUAUGGCUGCUGGUAUUCUGAUGGACAUCCCAUUCACCGGCGCAACCGAGCAUGAAAGUAGAAGGGCACCAAGCAUCGUGGAAGCGUAUCUCAGAGAUCCAACGAACACACUGAAGCGCGACUUUAACUACCCUCACUCAGACCCCCGCAACUAUCAGGGCUGUUACUCUUCUGUGCCCGCAGCGGUUCUAGAAAGGCGACUUUCCAUGGUCCUGAAUACCUUUGUCAUGGCAUCUUAUAACCUGACUGCUUUGACCGGUGGCUACGGAGCUGUCAUAGACGACAGUGAAUUUCCUUGGAAGAGUGGUACAGCAACCUGGUCAGAAUUUGCGACAGACAUCUACGUUGUAGAUUGGUCAUGGCUCAGCAUUACAGUGAUUUCUACGGUGGUUCUGGUUAUCUGUGCUAUUGCAAACGUAAUCAUUCGUUUGCGAAUCAAGGCACCGGAUUUUCUCAACAGUGUGGCUAGUCUGACCAGGGAUUCUCCAUUCAUCGAUAUUUCGAAUCAAGUUGGAAGUGGUUUAAGUGGUCAAGAUAGUUUAAAGGUUCUGGGAGAUAUUCGGGUUCAGAUUCGCGACGUAUACCCUAACCGAGAUAUCGGGAGGAUUGCUUUAACGACUGAUCUAACUCAACAAAAGCUAAAGUUGGAUAGAGACUAUGAGUGA